AUGCGACAGAUGAGCAGGCAUCGGAAACGCGGAAGCGAAGAGGGCAGCGACGGGAGCCGGGGCGGCGGGGCCAGCGAACGGGCCCGCUCCCGCAGGCCUAGCGGUGAUCGCGGCGGCGGCGGAGCCGGGGGUGGAGGGAGGGGCGAGCGGGGGCGGGAGGGAGGGCGAGAGAUGGUGGAGGAGGAGGUGGUGGUGGUGGUGCAGGAUGCCGGCAAGCGGGGCGUUCCUGGCCGCCGAGGGGGCGGGGUCGCGGGGGAGCUGGUGAUGGAUGUACGGGCUCGCGGCGGUGCUGGUGGCACUGGUGGGGGCUGCAGGAUCUGGAGCAGCUGGUUCCCGAACGGCUGGGAGGAGACGGGGGUCGUGGAGAGGGGUGGGAUGUGCGGGCGGAGAAGCGAGGCGGCCGUCGAGGGCCGCGAAGCCUCGAAGGGCGUCCCGGGGAGAUCCCCCGACCCUGCGUCCGGCCGGACCGGCGUCCGACGCCCCUCCGCACCCCCCGCCGGCGGCUCCUCGCCCGUCUCGCGCGCCUUCAGCAUCGUCAUCGUCGACCGGGCUAUCAGCUCGUCGAUGUGCGCCUUGUCCCGCUGGAUCAUGUUGGCAUGUUCGUUCCCGUUCGACAGAUGA